GCGAUGUUUGAAGUGACUGUCGGCGGCGCCCUGAUUCCCCUCCACAAACUCUGCCGCUUCAGAGAGAACCUGUAUGAGACGCCGGUCCGGUCCGGUCCGGUCGCCCGUAGAGCUUGGACACGACGGUUUGACGGUUACAGCCCCGCAUUCGGGACUACAACGAGUCUCAACUCUCGGCAGCCCAGUCGGUUUAUUUUGGUGUGUUUUCUCGCCGGUUUCGUGGUUGGCGGAGCGGGAGAGAGGCGCUCUGAGGGCGGCGUGUGGCAUGGCAGCUCCCCGGCCUAUUAAAGGCAUCUUAAAAAACAAGAACAGCGGUGCUAGAGUCUGCACCGAACCCCCGCCGGAGAGCACGGAGCCUGGAGGACCCGGAGGAACCGAGGAAGACCAGCAGAAGAAGUCGCAGAAAUGGGACGAAAUGAACAUUCUGGCCACGUAUCACCCUCCAGAUAAGGACUACGGGCUGAUGAAGAUUGACGAGCCGAGCACGCCGUACAAUCGGAUGGUGGGGGACGAGGAGGAUGACGAAGUGCACAGCGACGGUGAGGGGAAUGCGGCCCUCACAGUGGACGACCUGGCCAAAAAACUGGCAGCAGCUGAAGGUACGGAGCCUCGCUUUAUGAGGCAGGAGGAGGAGAGCAGUGAGGAGGAAGAGGAGCUGACUCCAGAGGAGCAGGCCAAGAAGAAGCAGUUUGAGAUGAUGAGGAAGAUGCAUUACAACGAAGGCCUCAACAUUAAACUGGCCAGACAACUGAUCGCCAGCGAGCUGGAAGAGGAAGAGGAUGAGGAUGAAGAGAUGAGGGACGACACAGAGACAGAAGAUAUUAACGUAGACCCCCCUCAAGAAGCAGAUUCCUUGGAUUCGUAAACGGCGACAUCGCUUCACCUGCAGCUCCUGCCUCGGCUCGUGACCCGUCUGCGGUGCGCGUGCUGCCUCACGAUCGCGGAGGACACUGCUUCAGGACCCGCUCCCUCCAACCUCCUGUAAUCUACAAGCACUGCAAUGCAAAUCCAUAUGAACCUGCUGGUUGCUCCCUCUGUUGCCAAGAGUGUGUUUGUCUUACUGUCGUCACGCAAAACAAACUGCGAGGCCUAAAGACUGCUGUCGAACACUUAUCAGAAAGGACUCCACCCUCUCUCGGGCAGACUGAAAAAGGCUGAAAAGGAGAGGGGUGCUUCUGCCCGCAGCUCCUGCUCCUCUGCCCCUGGUCCUGACCGCGGCAGCAAGACACUGCUUUCCCCAGCUGCUCCCCUCCGCCCGAGUGAGGCUGUUCGUUUGAGGGUCGACGUGUGACGUCGUCCUUUGAAAAGCCACUAAGCGCCCGUGCUAGUAGUGUUAAUAAUACUAGUAAUACUGUUAAAGCCCCACGUAUACUUGCUGUUGCACUAACCCUGACCAUCUGCCCAUAGACAGCAGUCAGUACAUGUUUAGCUUCAAAGGGGAACUUCACCAGUUCUUCAGAAUUUUCAGUGGUUGAUGCAAGAGAGGUUUUUAAAUUUACUUGCUUUACUUUACAGUGGUGGUGAUGGGAACCAGGGGUCGUGAUUCCUAUAACAAUAUCUAUAGCCAUUUUAUUCACUGGCCAUACUCACCAGUUAAUCCUAGGCUACAUGUGUAUGCAAUGUUGGUAAAAUAGUGGGAAAGUUUGAAAUGGCACAUUUUCUUAUGGUACUAUUUUGCCUUACAACAGCCUGCAUGUACCCACCACUGUGAAUACUUAUUGGGGAAAAAGCGUAACGUUACACCUCGUAAAACGGCGAUAAAUCAUCGGGCUGUGUAUUCAGAAUCGCUUCAUUUGAGAAUUUUCCGUGAGAGAGCUUUGGAAGGAUUUUAACUCUUCCCAUCACCACCACCUGUCAAUUCUGGCUUAUUACAAUGGAGCCUUUCACAUCAAACCACUCUUAAUGACUUCGUUUGCAUCGUCAUGAUUUAGUCCAUGGAGAAAUUUGAAAAGUUGGUGGAAUUCCCCUUUGAGUUUAGCCACACCCACACCUGCACGCCUUUAGAGGGUUUGUUAAUCUCUACACCUGGCUCUAAUGACCAGUCUGUGUCACGGCUUUCAUCGUCGAUAUUUGGUUUAAUUUCAGCUGAUUCUACUUUUGGCGUGGAGCUUCAGAGUCAAACGUAGCCUAUUCUCUUACAAACGAAGGUGCCGAAAGGGGUUCUUUGGAGCGAUGCCGCUUUUCAAGGAUGGUUCUUGUAAGAUUUCUGAGACUGAACGAGUUUAAAGGGCCCAUAUCCCUGGAUCACUGAAUUUACCUAGCUUUGUUUUAGUUUCGCUAUCUAGCCAAUACAGUUCAUAUACGGAAACUUCUCUGCCUUAAACUGCCCAUUUGGAACUCGCUCAUUUUGUGAUGUCACAAAAAAAAAAAAAACGAACAUGCAUUUGCAUAUAUCCGCCUGUUUAGGCUGCAGCAGUUUAGCCCUGCCUGUUCACACAGAAGUUACAGGGAGUGUAAGUUCUUUCUGAGGCACGUCCAAUCAGAACAGAGCUUCAGUCUUAAGGGCACAGUAACCAGAAAAGCCCGUUGAAUCCGAAGGGAAAAAGUGAGAUUGGAAAACGGUUGAGUAAAAAUUAGUUAUGGCUUUUUUUUUUUUUUUUUUUUUUUUUAGUGUAUAAUUCCAUAGAAGCGUUGAGUGGAUCUCGGGGGAUAAUAUAAAAUUCAAGCAAAAAUGUUGCAUAUGGGCCCUUUAAUGAACCCCCAGAUAAUGUAGAGGCACUACACUGGUUUAAAGUGUUUCCUAGAACCGUAACCCCAUGCCAAGAACCAUUUAGGAACCUUUACUUAAAGAGGUUACACCUCUCAGGCCUCUCUGAGCCUCUCAGAGCGCCGGCGGCAGCAGCAGGUUUGCGCAGUGGAUCGGUAUUUAUGGAGCGCCGGCUGCUGCUGACCGUCACCGGCUGUCAGGCUGUGGGUCCGAGGCUUAGCGGGUGUUUAUUUUUCCCUCUAUAUGAAUUAUUAUAUUUAGUUUCUAAGUUAUACCCAUUCAAAACAAAGUGCUUGAGAGUCUCGGGUCGUCUUGAAAAGAAUUUUGCCACCCAAACGUUUGCUAACGAGGAUCUGAGGCAGCUGCCCUCUAGUGGCUGGAAGUGAACGUGUUCGUUUGAGCUCUACUGUAUGCAUGGCUUCUUAAACCCAUGUUCUGUAUUACUUGAGCAGUCACAACCACGCCCAGCAUCGUAUGAAUUUAACGGUGGGUAUUUCGUAAUUUAUUACCAAGCGAAACUGUGUGAACUACUGAAGAGCCGUACUGAAUCCUUUCCAUGUUGACGCCAUGUGUUGCUUUUCCCUAAACAAAAAAACAGAGGAUAAAAGAGCGAUUUGCUGUAAUGAGCAGCCGGUUUGUCUUUUAUGUGUUGCCCAUCUUGUUUCGCUGCGUUUUCCUCGGGUUUGAUUGUAUCGUGGUUAUACUUGCGCUCUGCCGCCCUUCCUGCCUGGGGUAGUAGCAUCACAAAGGAAACAGUUAACCUUCAUUCAUUCACUGCGAAGGAUAGAUCUCUACUGUACAGCUCGCAAACAGCCUCAGCCAUUCGUUUCAGCCUUUUUGUCCUUAAUUCUUCUCUCUAUUAGGUUUUCAGUUAAGGGUUAUAAGACGGUAAGCGCUCACAUCCGACUCACAGCAGCAGUUGUGUGUUUAUAUUGCUUUUUGAUGUGAGUGAAUGAAUGAAUCUAAACCGAAAAUUGCCGUUUGAAAUUCGCCACGUCGUUUGCUUUUUCUUUGCAUCCCGACUUUUAACGCUCGUCUGUGGCUGGAGAGACUGUUGUGUGUUUAUGUAACGAGAAGCAGCACAAUCUUUAGUGUGAACUCUUCGAAUGUCGACAGCAUUUUCGAGAACUUUUGAGACCGAGCUGGAGAACGUUGGAUAUUAAAGGGGAAGUCCACUAGU